AUGGCUUCCGCAUCUUGGCUGGAUAUUGACGAAGACAGCCCGUUCUCGAUUGACAACAUCCCCUUCGGCGUCAUCUCCCACAACAGCCGGCUGGCAGAUCGACAAGUCGCCGUGGCCGUAGGUGAAUAUGCCAUCUUACUCCAAGAACUUGUCAACGGCGGUGCACUGUCGCAAUGCCCCGACAUCCAACCUCAUCUCGAUUGUCUCCGACAACCGUCUCUCAACGACUUCGCCUCGUUAGGCCGCCCACUUCACCAGACCUUCCGCUUGUACCUUCGAGAUCUCCUCCGCGCGGACACGCCGUACCCCGGGCAGUUACGCGACAACCGCCAACUCCGCAACCGCGCCUUCUUCUUCCGGAGCGACUGCGCAAACCAUGUCCCUAUGAUCAUCGGAGACUACACCGAUUUCUACGCCGGUGUGAACCAUGCCCGCAACGUCGGCACCCUCUUCCGCGGUGCGCAGAAUGCCUUGCAACCCAAUUACAUGCAUCUUCCAGUUGGUUACCAUGGCCGCGCUUCCAGUAUACGACCCUCUGGCUGUCCGAUCCGGCGGCCAGCAGGCCAGAUCUUGCCCGCUCCCGAGGCUGCCGCACCGGUACACUCAGCUUCUCGAAAGCUGGACAUGGAGCUUGAAAUGGCUGCUUUCUUAUGCAAAGGCAACGGGCCGGAUGGCAGGCCCAUCUCCAUUGCAGAGGCCUCGUCGCAUAUCUUCGGCUACGUUCUCAUGAAUGACUGGUCCGCGAGAGACAUCCAGGCAUGGGAGUAUGUGCCGUUAGGUCCCUUCAAUUCCAAAAAUUUCGCCACGACGAUCAGUCCGUGGAUCGUAUUGGCCGACGCGCUCGAACCGCACCGAUGUCAGAGUACGACGCAACGGCCAGUUGAAAGCGCAUUAUUGCCGUAUCUUGAUGAGAAGAGCGCGCCGACAUUCCAUGACAUCCCACUCUCCGUCCGCCUCGAGUAUCCCAUCCACUCCGAGGCUGGGAGCAACGACAAAGCGACGACGACCAUCACAGACACCAACGCUUCGCAUCUGAUGUACUCGUUCCCGCAAAUGCUAGUCCACCACACCGUUGGAGGCUGCGAGAUGCGCGUGGGCGACCUCCUCGGUAGUGGAACCAUCUCCGGCGACACGGCUGGCUCUCUGGGUAGUUUGCUCGAAAUGACGGACAAUGGCAAAACCCCAUUGAAGCUCGAUGAUAGCGUAGGGUCGCAACGCACAUUUCUCGAGGAUGGCGACGAAGUAGUCAUGACGGGCAAGGCGGGUAGCAAAGGCGCGUAUAUUGGCUUUGGGGACUGUCGCGGGAUUAUAGUGCCUGCUUACUAG